AUGAAGUCGGCUCACGUCUACAGAAAGGGUAAUGACGACAUUGAAGUCAAGAUCGUACAGAUCCCCGUCCCCACGCCCGAGAAGAAUCAAGUCCUCGUCAAGGUCGUCGUAGCAGGUUCAAACCCCAAGGACUGGAAGUACCCCUUCAUCGAUCCCAAGGCAUCUGGAACAAACACAGGCGAUGAUGUCGCAGGAUACGUCGAGGCGGUCGGGCCUGAUGUCACCGAAUUCCAAAUCGGCCAAAGAGUUGCUGCCUUUCAUCAGCCGCAUACUUCGCAUGGUGCGUACGGAGAGUAUGCCAUCGCAGGCGAGAAAUAUACGUUCCAUCUCCCCGAGCAUGUCUCCUUUGAAGAGGGAGUAACCAUUCCGCUCACAGCAACGACAGCCGCAGUCGGCCUCUUCGCUUACCUCGGACUGCCGGAGCCGUGGCUGACAACAAAAGAGUUCCAACAGCGCAAGCCAAAAGGAGGUGUCCUCAUUUAUGGCGCAUCCACGGCCGUGGGAGCGUUUGCGAUAAAGCUACUCCAACGAGCGAACAUUCACCCUAUUAUAGGCGUUGCUGGCAAAGGCAUCGAUUACGCAAGAUCCCUGCUCGACCCGAGUAAGGGAGACCUCGUCGCCAACUAUCGCGAUGGCAGUGACCAACUCGUGCAGACAAUUAAGAACGAAUUGGAAAAGAGGGAACCGCUGAUGUACGCGUUCGAUACGGUCAGCGACAACGGCACGUACCAGAACGUCGUGAAAGUUCUCGACCCUAAAGCUCACAUCAGCCUUAUCCUUCCGGGUCAGGAAUACAAGGAGGUUCCAUCAAGCAUGCUCAAGACAAUAACGACGGGAUCGAGCGUCUUUGGAUUUCCGGAUGAUCUGGUUGAUUUUGGGUUUGUGUGGACUCGGUGGUUUGGGGCUGGAUUGAAGGAAGGUUGGUUAACUGGCCACCCAUAUGAGGUUAUUCCUGGCGGGCUUGCUGGUGUGGAAGAGGGUCUCCGUAGACUGAAGGAAGGGAGGGCGAGUGCGGUGAAAUAUGUGUAUCGAAUUCAAGAAACCAAGGAGUAA